AUGUUGUGUAUUUUAAUUGAUUUAGUGACUAAUAUUCCUUUUGGAUUCACAAAUGAAACAGUAUUCUACUCAAAAAUAUUAUUCAGUUCUUUAUUUUUUGGAAUUUUGAUAACUAUAUGGAUUUUUACGAACAAAGAUGAUGGCAUAAUAUUCUUAACAUACUCCAUUUUUUUACCAGUAAAUUAUAAUAAUUUUAUAGAUAAUUUUUGCAGCUAAUUCUGCUGUUUUUAGUAAUUAUUUUGAAUAAUAGAGUUUGAAAUUUUGUGAAUUUAUCAAUUAUCCUUUAAGUGAAUAGCCCUUAGAAUAUUUACUCUUGCUCUCUCACCCUUUAACAAUGACACAAACUAGUAUUUGCUAAGCUUUAAAGUAUUUAAAUAUUCAUUGUAAUAAUUGUGAAGAUUUAAAAUGUCCAUGCAAUUAAGACUUAUCUAAAUUUGUUUUAUCGAAUGGGCCUUUUGAUAAUGAGAAACUUUAUAUAUGGAUACAAUAUUAAUUUUAAAAAUUAAUAAAAAUAUCAAUGAGAAAGUAGUAUUCAAUGGAAAAUUUUGAAUAAUUAACAAUAAAGUUUUCUACAUUUUUGUAAAAAUAUCGAGAAAAUUCAUAUUUAUCUUAUAAAAGCAUUUAGGAUAUUGUUAUAAAUUUUAAUAGAACUUAAAAGAAUAAUAAAUAAUAUCCUUUAUUUUUUAUGAAUUUAACUAAAAAAAUUUAAUCUGAUACAAAAAAGGAAUUAGAACAAUUAAAUCGUUCUAAAUUUAUGGUUACAAAAAUGGAAUUUAAAACAUUAACAGAUUUAAAUUUAUUCUUUUUUUAUGAAAAUGAUUUGAUGAUAAAUAUUAAAUAAUAAGUANAUUUAGCCUAAAUUAGUUAGUUAUCAUCAAUUCCUUUUAUGCUAAUUAUCAUACAUUAUGAUCCAUUAACUAUUUUUGCUUAUUACAGUGUAUUUAUUACCAUAAGUGCUAUUUUUCUAAUUUCCUUACUAUAAAUAUUGUUGAAGGUAUCAUAACUAAUAAUCAAUAGCCACUACAUUUCAAUUCCCCAAUUAAUAAAUUCAUCAAAUUUUACUUUCAGAAUUUUUAAUGGUUUUUUUUGACUCCAUUUAAUGAAUGCAUGGUUGGAGUAAUCACUUGUGGAAGAUAAUCAUAUCUAGCUCAACAUUCAAUAAUUAAGCCCUCUGAAUGCUUUUCGACUAUAUCCCCCCAUUAUUUGAUAAUUAGUUUUACUGGAAUGAUAAUGAUUUCAUUUUCAGGAAUUCUUUCUGUAUAUUGUUUUAGAAACUAUGAAUUUUUAUAAAGAGGAUUGUUAAGAAAAUUCUCAAGCUUAAAUUUUGUAACAAUCUUUUUGCAUUAGCUACUAAUAAUUUUAUCAUUUUGGAAAUUGAUGUACUCCGAUUAUUAUAUUAUUAUUCAUGCUUGCUAUAAUUUGAUUAUGUUGUGUAUUUUAAUUGAUUUAGUGACUAAUAUUCCUUUUGGAUUCACAAAUGAAACAGUAUUCUACUCAAAAAUAUUAUUCAGUUCUUUAUUUUUUGGAAUUUUGAUAACUAUAUGGAUUUUUACGAACAAAGAUGAUGGCAUAAUAUUCUUAACAUACUCCAUUUUUUUACCAGUAAAUUAUAAUAAUUUUAUAGAUAAUUUUUGCAGCUAAUUCUGCUGUUUUUAGUAAUUAUUUUGAAUAAUAGAGUUUGAAAUUUUGUGAAUUUAUCAAUUAUCCUUUAAGUGAAUAGCCCUUAGAAUAUUUACUCUUGCUCUCUCACCCUUUAACAAUGACACAAACUAGUAUUUGCUAAGCUUUAAAGUAUUUAAAUAUUCAUUGUAAUAAUUGUGAAGAUUUAAAAUGUCCAUGCAAUUAAGACUUAUCUAAAUUUGUUUUAUCGAAUGGGCCUUUUGAUAAUGAGAAACUUUAUAUAUGGAUACAAUAUUAAUUUUAAAAAUUAAUAAAAAUAUCAAUGAGAAAGUAGUAUUCAAUGGAAAAUUUUGAAUAAUUAACAAUAAAGUUUUCUACAUUUUUGUAAAAAUAUCGAGAAAAUUCAUAUUUAUCUUAUAAAAGCAUUUAGGAUAUUGUUAUAAAUUUUAAUAGAACUUAAAAGAAUAAUAAAUAAUAUCCUUUAUUUUUUAUGAAUUUAACUAAAAAAAUUUAAUCUGAUACAAAAAAGGAAUUAGAACAAUUAAAUCGUUCUAAAUUUAUGGUUACAAAAAUGGAAUUUAAAACAUUAACAGAUUUAAAUUUAUUCUUUUUUUAUGAAAAUGAUUUGAUGAUAAAUAUUAAAUAAUAAGUAUAUUAUUGUAAAGAAUUUUGGAUACAGUAUCAAAAUGGUACUCUUAAAGAUUUUAAUGCUUUACUUAUAUAAUCUAAGAAAAUAUUAAAUUAAAUAGAGAAAGUUUAAUAAAUUUAUAGAAUUUUCUAAUAAAAAAGAGAAGAUUCAGAAUAUGAAAAUAUUUUAACUUUUAGAAUUAAUUUAUUAAUAUCUAUAAGUUGUUUAGAUGAUUUAAAUACUUAAUUAAAAAUAGCUGAUAAAUUAUAAGCUAUUUAAAAAGAAUCAUUAUUUACAUCAAAAUAAUAAUUUCAUAUAUUAAAAUAUAUUAAUAGUGAAGCUAUUUCUGUAGCAUCUUUGAUAUCUUUUUAAUCAUUUGGUAUGAUUGAUUUAAAGAUAUCAAAUAAUUUUAUAUCAUUUUUUGGAUAUGAUCAUAAUGAUUAAAUAACAUAAAUUGAUUAAUUAUUACCAAUAUAAAUAGGAUAAAUUCAUGAUGGAUUGGUUGAAAAAUUUUUAAUGGUAGGAUAAAGUUCUAAAAUAUAUAAUACUCAAGAAUCUUUUAUAAAAAAUAAAGAUAAUUUUAUUGAAAAUAUUACAAUGUGUUUAACUAUCUCAUUACCAUUAUAAGCUGAUAUUCAUUAUUUUUUCAUUCUAUCACAUUUAUUAAAAUAACAUACUUUAGAAAAAAAAAAUCAAGAUAUUUAUGAAAAAGGGUAUUUAUUAGUUGAUGUUAACUUUUAUGUUUUUGGAAUAAGUGAAAAUAUUUUUAAAAAGAUUACUUAAUUUUCAUAAAAUGAUAUAAUCAAUUUAGAUUAAAUUUAAUAAAAAUUGACAUUAUUUUAAUUGAUUCCUGAUCUUUUUUCAAAAAUGCAAGAAUACUAUAAAAUAAAAUAGCUUUAAAAUUCAAAUCUAGCAAAUCAUGAAGUAUUGUUUUAUAAACAUGGUGGAUCAUUUCAUAUUCCAAAUAAAUAAUUUAUAGAUAAUUAUUAAUAGAAAACAAAAAAUAAGAAUAUUAAUAAUAUAUUAACUAAUAAAAUAAUUAAUAAUAAUCUAAUUGAAAUUGAAAAAUCAUCUAAUUUUUCAAAUAUCAGUUAAUGUUAAUUUUCUAUAGAAUAUUCUGUUGUUUAGAAUUUAUUAAAUCCUCUAAUAAAUGGAAUUAUGUCUGAUUUUUUAUAUUACAAAAUAGAAAUUGAAUUUCAAGAUGAUUCAAAUAAUAGUAAAUCAACAUUUCAAAUUUUGCCAUCUUAUUAAGAUAUCAAAAAAGAAUAAAUUAAUUCUAAAAAUAAAUCUCCAAAUUAAAGUUAAGUUAUGUUACAAUCAUAUGAAUCAGAAGAUGAUGGAUUUUUAAAUUACCAAUAAGUGAUUGCGUCAUCCACAACAACAUAAAGGAACAACAAAAAUGACCUUUUUUAUUAAGCAAAUCUCUUGAACAAUUUAAUAAGUGAUAAAAAAAUACCUAAACCAAUUCUAAGUUUGAUUCUGCUUUUCAUCAGCUAAAUUUUCAUGCUUCUUACUUUGAUUACUUUUAUUGCUAUGUUCUUUUCCUAAAAGUCAAUUUUACAAUCUAAUUGCGUUAGAAUAGCUACAAUAGAUUUAGACUUUUUAGAUGGUUAUUCUUAAAUGAUGUCAGGGUCUAGACAUGUAAUUUAUUUUCGUGAUUUUUAUUAAAAUAUUUCUGAUUAAAAGUUGAUGAUUGAUAAGAAUGAUAUAGAAUUUAGUCUUAAUAAUAAAUUAUUAAUAUCUUGGAAUCAUAUUAAUCUUGGGAUUACAAGAUUAAUUAAUAUUUAUAAAAUACAUAGUCAAACCUUAAAUUAAGGUUCUGAAGAUGAUUUAAACAUUUCAAUUAUUAAUAGUGAUUUAAAAAGUAAAAUUGUUUAAUAAGUUAAAGAUUAAUCUACUUAUUAUUAAUUAAUGUUUUAAAUAUUUUUUAUGUCAAAAUAAACAUUCACUUAAAAUUUGUCAAACUUUUUAUAAAAUUCUACUGAUCCUUAUACUACUUAAAUUAGUAGAUCUUUAGUUUAUUAUAAUUAUUUUGAUGUAAGUUAAUUAGUUUAAGCAAAGUUAGAAUCUUGCAAAAGUUAUAAUUAUUAUAUUAAUGAAUAUAUUGAUAGGAUAACAUCAUAUUUCUUUAUAGGUUUGUACUUAACAAUUUCAUUAAUUGCUAUUAUUUAAUUUAUUUUUUAUUUUUAAAUAAAAAGAUAAAUUAGUUUUUAUUUAAAAUUGUUUAUUUAAAUAGAUGGUUAAGAUUCAAAUAAAUGUAUAUAAAAAUUUGAUAAUAUUUAUAAAAUCUUAAAUAAUUAAUCAAUUGUUUUAAGUAAGAAAAAUUAUGAGAAAAUUAUAGCUCAACCAUCUGUUUAAUAUGAUAAUCUUAGAACUUUAAAUUGUAAUAAUUAAUUAAAUUUUAUUCAACCUUAAAAGUCUAAAGAAAAGUAAAUUAGAAUUGAUAAUCAUAUUUCUUAUUUUUAUCAUAUAUUUGCUCUAGUUUUAAUAUUCUUAAUACCUAUUGUAUAUGCAUUAGCUUACUAAUUAUAUUAUAACUUGAUUUCAGUUAAUGUUACUCCAAUAAAUGAUUAAGCUAUUUAAGCAUAAUAAAUGAGAUUAAAAUUUAUAACAACUAUCAAUAGAUAUGAUUAAUUUUUAAUCAAAUCUUAUUUUGAAUCUUAUUGUAAAUUAUCAUAAUUAAAUUCUUCAUUUAAAUGUUUUGCCAAUAAUAUUUAUUCAGACAAUCAAAUUUUAUAAUAAUUAGAUAUGAAUGAAACAAUAAUUUAAGAAGAAUUAACUACUUUUUAAUAAUUAGAUUUUUCUAAUUUUUUCUUUAAUUCAAUAAAUUCAAAUUAAUUUAAUUCAUAAGAAAAAUAAUCUAUUUUGUCUAAAGAUACAUGUUUAUUAACAAAUUGUGAUAUGAAGAAAGAUUUAUUUUAAGAAAGAUUAUUUUAAGAAAAUCUAAAUUCUUAUUUCUUUUAAGGAAUAAUUAAACUUCAUCAAAUUGUUUCCUCACUCUAUAUUUAAUUUGAUUUAAUAUACAAAGGUCUUAAUACAACUGAAGCAAAACUACUUGCAAUUGAAAAUAUUAUGCAAGAUAAUGAUUAUUUAAUAUAUAUCCUCUGGGGAUUGGAUGCCAUUUAAUAUCAAAUUGCAUAAUUUUCUCAAUAUUUUGUUAAUACUUCAUUGACAAUAUUGGAGGACUUUACAUCAAACCUUUUGAUCAAUGUUUUAUAAAGUGGGAUUGGGAUGUUAUUGAUGAUAGUGACAAUUUAAAUUCUUUUCAUUAAGGUCUAAGUGAAGAGAUAGAUAAUUGCAAAAUAAUUAUUCAAAAUUGUUCCUUUGUAAAUCAUUUUUUAGAAAAAUAUUCAAAGAUAAUUAACCAUUUUUUAAAGAAAAAUAUAUAAAUGA